AUGGUGCACUCGCCACUCCCUGGUUCAUACAAAACCUUUUCCACCGCUGAUGAGAAAAGGCGCGUUCCGAAUCAGCGCCCUAUUCGAAAACACCGCGGAUGGAGGAUUCGAGCGUUGUCGCGCAACGCGUUUCGCAACUUACCAGCGUCUCGCUUGAGUACUCCAAUGACGGACUGGAAGCAAUGGAAGGUGCGAGAACUGAAGCAGUACCUGUUGGAGCACGACCCCUCUGCCAUGCCUGCUCAGCAGCGUCCAACCAAAGCCGAGCUCGUGGAAGCAGUAGAGCAGGUGCACCAGCGGCUGCAACGGCGCCAGAAAACGAAGCAGAAUCCGCCACGAGCGCUGCCGAAAGAAGAGGCACGGGAACCACGACGACCAGGACCACGACCACGACAGUCAGCUCUUGGAGACGAAAGAAAGCUACCUACUACUCGUGCGCCGAGAACGCCCAAAAAAGCCGAACGACAGCAACAGGACUCAAACAGGGGUGUGGGCAAGUCGGAGGCCCCCGAGCGACCCUCUAGCUCGGAGAGUGUCACCGCAACGUCAAGAAAAACACGCCAGAAGCGAAGCGCUCGAAAGACGGAAGCUGUCCAAGGAUCUUCUGGUGUGGACGGCUCGAGUUCUGGGAGGAAACGAGUGCGGCGCUCACCGCUGCGCGGCGAGGAGGCUCGGCGCCGACUCGUCGGGGACGAUAUUCCCGAGGAUCGCUCUCCAGACGGCGGGGCUUGGGCAGAAUCCCAACAUCCACUUCUCUGGAGUGUGCGUCCAAGGUCAGAGGCGCAGCUUUCACCUGCGUCGCUGAUCCAGGACCUGCGCAGAAGGCCUUUCUCUGCAAACGCCACAUCGACGCGUACAUCCAGUCCCGACCGACAUCGUAGCGCGAGUCCACGAGCUUCAUCAACCUGGCAGGACACUACGCGCGAAUUUCGCCCAACGAAGCAAGGUCGAUCGCCGAGUCCUACCGUCUCUGCAUCGAAUGGUGCAGGGCCGAGUACGUCGAGCGGGCUCGGACUCCGGGAAGCGUUACGCGACGUGCUUAGCAUGGUGAAGUCGCAUGAUCAAUUAGAACCGAUGGAAUAUGUCGAGUACCCUGAGCAGGUGCUGCCUGCUGAAGCGGAGUCUCACGCGCGUUGGCACGCCUUGACACAUCAGGUUUCAGCAGUAACACCGGAAGCUGGCGAUGGAGCAUCGCGAUCCUCACUGCAUUCGUCGCCCGUUGCAGGUCGUGAUGUGCCGUGGUUGCGUCAACCGCGCAACGCGGCUGCUCAGACAAAGGAGGCGUCUCGGAUAACUUUAUUGCGUGAUACCUGUGACCCAUUGGCGCAGUCGCAGCACAUGCCCCCGAGAGAGGACGUUGUCGCCCUCUCGACUGGUAGCCCAGGCGAGCUCACGUCGGGCGGUACACUGGCUGGCACCCGAUCGACUCCGACGCGAGCAUACACUGUUCAACAGGAUGAAGCAGCCUCGGGAUUCAUGACAGGUUCAAUGGAAGGUACGAGACUGGCAUCGCUCCAUGAGCAAGUUAGCGCAGUGCUCGAGCGUAUACGCGCCGAGCAAGCAAACCUCGUAUCUGGACCAGAGGCCGCCACCAGUACAGCGCUGAGUCGAAACGCGGAUAGCUUGGCGACGGACGCUCUGCAUCAGCGUCUCGGCGACAGCGGAGCAGCAGCUCCAGCGGUAGCUUCCUUGGAGAACAGGUCGCCUGGAGGGAGCGCAGCGGCGCUGACUCGAGGCACCCUCACUGUCGCCCCAGAGCCGCCGUUUGCGCAGAGCCCGCUGCAAGCGUUUCGUACCUUGCGGCAAAAUCGCGAGCGAAUGCCCGUCAGCAGUGCAGCAACAUUGACGGGCUCCUUGCGCGGACGACCUGUACAUCCUCUGGAACAGCGUUCAGGCGACAGCGCUGAACGGUCGACCUCAGCCACGACGACGGAUCCUACUCGAUCACCGGGAGCGUUCCAUGCCUCCUGGUCGCUGCCGUCGACAGACGCUCAUUCAGGAGACCAGCCGUCUAUCUCGGAGUCACAGAGGUAUCUUGCGCGACCUGAGACGCAUGCAGCGGUGCAGGAAACGAGCGCGGGCACUCCUGGGAAUGCUUCACGCGUCUCGAGACGGGAUCCAGCCUUGCUGGGCAACCGCGCACUCGAACACCGUCACUGGCUCCGUAGCCACUGGAGAGUGCUCGUAGCGCUCUGUCUCCUUCUCUGGUUUGCCGUUCGCAUAUAUCUCGUCUUGCCAUCGAUUCCCUUUUGUGAUUCAUCAGAGUCAGGUUCUGGCCCUGUGCUUGGAUGUCGUCCGUGCCCCGAGCACGGCAUCUGUGUCGGCGGUGUGCUUACCUGCCGAGACGGCUACGUCGUGCUCGGCAGUACAUGCGCGCCUGACCGCGACCUCAACCGUUAUGCGCACAUCAUUCAGGGGCAAGUCCACCGCCUGCUCGGCGAAUCCGCGGGUCGCUACCGCUGUGGUGAACGGGCCAUACGUUGGAAAUGGACCGAACGAGAACUGCGCGAAGCACUGGAGCAGCAUCCGUAUAUGGAGCGCCUCGUUCGAAGCAGCAAGUGGAAGGCUGCUUUUCGCCGUGCGCUGGAUACGUUAGAUGAUCCCGUGGUGAAGCAGCCGCGCAGCGCGCAUGACACAGUGCAUAGGAGUCCGCGCUCCGUGGAUGACGCGAACGACACCGUUCCUGCGGAAGCGUUUCAAAGAGGCGGCGCAGCGGAACGCCCGCUCCUCGCGGAUGACUCUGGCACAAACAGCAACAGCAACAGCAACAUCAGCCCGAAUAUGGCCAGCAAUGAGUCUAUGCAACCCGAUUCUGAUGCCACGCAAACAGGGCAACUUGCUGACGAUGAGCUACUACUCUACUGGAGCACCGAUGCACAGCGGCCGAUGUGGUGUCGCCUCUGGCAACUCACAGAAGCGCAUCUUGGGAGUCUGAUCUGGUUAGGGAGCAUCACAGCCGUGACACUGAUGUUCGCUACGACUUUGAGACGAAAGCGACUACGCCAGCGACAGAUUCGGAGCCUCCAACAAGCCGUUCAUGGUCGUCUCCAGGAGCAGAAACGAUCAUACCUUGUGGCGCUGCAGCGGGGGCGCGCCGAUGUCGUGACCCCGUUUCUCAUCGAUGUGCACCUGCGGGAUGAACUUCUCGGCGACAUUGCGAACAUUUACGACCGUCAACGCUUGUGGGAGGGGGUGAGUGCUCGCGCGCGGACCGACUCUCGCUUGCAGCUUCGCUCGGAGACGUUUACUGACGGCCGCCGCGCCCUCGUCUGGGAAUGGACGGGGCCGCUGGGCUCCGCAGAGAACGCUGCACCGCAUCUGGUGCUUUCAGGCGGCACCACAAGUGUCGAAUAG